AUGGGAUGUCAGGAGAUUCUCCGCAUCGUUAGAUGCGGUGAUGCUGGGGAUCUGGUGAUGGACCCGAGUGAUGACGAUGAUGUUGGUGAUGAUGCUGGUGAUGCUGGUGACGAUGGUCGAAAGUGGGGUGGAUGCUUAGGUGAGAUGGAUUGUUGA